GAGGAAGAUUGGCAACAGACAUUAGCUCAGGGCCAAUCUUCCUCACAAACAGAAACAAAAACAUCAGAAGCAGCUUUGAGAAAAAUUGGGAUGUGACAAAGCUGAAUAGUGUAUACAUGUCUUAAAAAAAUUAUUCUCUACGUGUUUCUUUUGGCCUGAAAUAUUUCAUAAUAAAAGAUGUUUUAAAGUGCUGCUCUCCCUAUUCCCUAGGGGCCUUAAACACACAAUAAAAACACACCUUCUUCCUCCACAGCCCCUCUGUUCUGGGUAGAUUGAACUUUCAUAUCGGCUCCUCUUCUCUUCCAGGUCAUCUUUGACCAGGAUGCCCUCUCAUAAAAAUGUUGGGGGCUCAGCCUGUUACUUGGGUAAAGAAGGGGGAAGCAGACUCAGGGCAGAAGAGAUUUGGGGUGCAGGAGGGGAGAAGGAGAGAGAAAUCUUGACUGGGGUUCAUGGGCUGGGAGACUUGAGUAAGGAAGAGGGCUGGGAUGUUAGCCCAACAGCGAACCUCUUGGGAGGAAAGCCUAAGGCUGUGAACACCAUGUUGCUCAGUGUUGGGGCCCUGCCUGUCACCUGCAGUCAUUCCCAAAGCAAUAGGACGGGUUCAACAGUUCACUAGAGAGUUUCCCCAAUACGUCAAGGUAAGUUUCAGAUCACAGGAAGAGAUGACAGGUUUCUCAGGACAGCUCCUGCUGGGGCUCAGCCCUGGUCCCAGCUCUGCCGCUCCCUGCAGAACUUCCACGUCAGUCAUUGUCGGUACCACCUGCACCCUGGUGAGCCAGGGCAGCUGGGGCCCUCUGGCCAGCUGUCUCACUCCCCUGCCCCUCCACUCUCUGCCCAGCUGCCCGCCCAUCUGUGGAGAUUACGUUGCUGCAUGGCUGCUGGCCGCCCCCUCACUGCCAGCGCUGCCUGGGAUCAGACGCCACCUAUUGGCUGCUAAGGCUUGGAAGCGUGCCCUUCCUCCCUCCCCACCACACAGCCUACUGGCACCUGCCUCUCUCCUGCAGCAUUGCCAUUCUAGACAGGGAAUGAUCUGUGCUAAAAAGAAAAAUGUUUUUUAAAGAAAAAAGGCUACCCGAUAAUCCCUCACCAGAGGGUGAGAGAGGAGCUGGAGUGUGAGGAGAAGAGAGUUCUAGACCUUCCUGCUGUUACACCUCUCAAGGACUGGUGUGCCCUGGUCACUGUUGUCAUGGACACCCACAUUGCCAGGGCCGCGCCAUUCUGGAGCCAGAUGGCUUUGUGGGUUCACUUCCCAUCCAGUGCAGGAGUCGAGGGAGUGGCUGAUGUCUCGGAGUUCACAUCCCACUCUGCUCCCCAGCCGUCUUCUUGGUGUGCUGCGGAAGUCACAAAGGCUAGUCAGAUGCAGGAGCUGGAGCAGAGGCUGCUGGAGGCAGAGCAGAGAGCAGAGAAUGCAGAGACCCAGGUGGGUAUGAUGGAAGAGAAGGUGAAACUGUCCAGUCUGAAGAAUGUGGACUCAGCAGGCAGCCUGCACCGAAAGUACCAAGAAUUGCUGAAAGCCGUGCAGGGCAAAGAUGAGCUCAUCGGCCAGCUGGAGGCACAGCUGGAGAAGCAGAAGCAGAUGAGAGCUGAGGAAGCAAAAAUUGUUCAAGAAAAAGCUGCAAAGAUCAAGGAGUGGGUGACACUAAAGUUAGCGGAGCUUGAGAUGGAGAAUCAGCACCUGAAAAGCUGUAAUCAACACCUGGUAGAGCAGGUGGGGGCCCUUCAAGAUGCGCUAGGAGACCUGUUUUUUGCCCCAAUCACAGCUCUUCAGAUGGCACCUUCAGGGAAGCUUCGGGUGGCCCCCCAGGGAGCCCUAGAAGAGGAUUCUGUCCCUUCAGGGCUAGGAACUCAGCUGAUGGGGCAGGACAGUGGUCCUCAGGCCCAGGGUGCCCUGAAGGUAGCUAUUCCCGCACCUUCUCCAGGUACUCUGCAGAACAAGGACUCUGUUGCUAAAACAGGAAGCCUUUUUGAGGAUUCUAGUGCCAGCAUGGUCCAUCCUGGGGAAAUAUCAGAGGCCAAGACCCUUCCACCUCGUCUGGGAAGGGAAGGCUCUCCCGGCCAGCUGUGCGUGAAGCCUCACACCCCCAGACAUGGUUUGGCUUCCUGGGGUGAGGGCCUGGUUACUGCUCAGGGAGGAAUGCUCCCUGGGACAAAGACCUCUGCUAGGGGAGGUGGCCCUGGCAGCAGCCUGACCCUACCGAAGGUGCGGGCUCCCAGCACCCCCCGGGACAGCAUCCAGCUGGCCAAGCGGCACCACAGCCAGCCCCAGGCGGGCCCUGGGCACUUCAACCAGGUGGUGAGCAUUGAGAUUGGCACCCUCUCAGCCCUCCACCCCUCCAGCCUUCCUGAGGUGCAGGCCCGAGCUGAGCUCCGGGAGGAACCAGAGAAGAUGGAGAUGGAGGAGCAACCCCCCGCGGGGAAGAAGGAGGACAGAGAGAGCCCGAGGGCCCCCAGAGCUGAGCUGGAGGAAGUGGACUUGGGGAACAAACCACCCACACCCCCCCUGCACCGGUUUCCAUCCUGGGAGAGUCGGAUCUAUGCUGUGGCCACGUCAGGCAUGAGGCUCUCGGAUGUGUCUCCCAGAAAUAAUGUCACCUGCUGCACUUCAAGCCCUCCUGCCCUGGCGUCCCCUGGGCCUUUCUCUGGCCUUGUCUACAAGAACGUCACCGUGCCUGUCUACACAGCCCUGAAGGGGAGAGCCACACAGAUCAGCACUGUACCCUUUGUGGACGAAUCCUCUGGGUCUGAUGAUGACUGCAGCUCUCAGGCGAGUUUCCGAACUUCACUCCCCUGCUCUGAGUCCAGGAAGACGAGCGGACUGGGCAGCCCCCGGGCCAUCAAGAGAGGUGUCUCCAUGUCCUCGCUGAGCUCUGAGGGCGACUACGCCAUCCCCCCGGACGCCUGUUCCCUGGACAGUGACUACUCAGAGCCUGAGCACAAACUCCAGCGCACUUCAUCCUACUCCAUGGACGGGCUGGGCCUGGGCGGGGAGUCACUGGAGAAGUCGGGCUACCUGCUGAAAAUGGGGAGCCGAGUGAAGACGUGGAAGAGGCGCUGGUUUGUCCUGAGACAGGGGCAGAUUAUGUACUACAAGUCCCCGAGUGAUGUCAUCCGGAAACCUCAAGGUCAAGUGGAGCUGAACUCCCGUUGCCAAAUUGUUCGAGGGGAGGGUGCACAGACAUUCCAGCUCAUCUGUGAGAAGAAAACCUAUUACCUGACGGCUGAUUCACCCAGCCUGCUGGAGGAAUGGAUCCGAGUACUACAGAGCUUGCUAAAGGUCCAGGCCAUUGGGCCUCCAGCCCUGCCUCAGGCUGGCACCAAGCCCACUGUGAAGGGCUGGCUGACCAAGGUAAAACAUGGCCACUCCAAGCUGGUCUGGUGUGCUCUUGUUGGGAGAACCUUCUACUACUAUCGGAGCCAUGAGGACAAGCGACCCCUGGGCCGUCUGCCUGUGCGGGAUGCGCGCAUAGAAGAAGUAGAUCGAUCCGGUGACUCCGACGAGGACUAUGAGGCUGGAGGAACCGGGCGGUUGCUUUCCUCCCACUGCACCCUGGUGAUCCACCCCCCAGAGCACAGCCCCACCUACCUCCUCAUUGGCACUAAGCAUGAAAAGGAUACGUGGCUUUACCACCUCACAGUGGCUGCCGGUGGCCCCAGUGCCAAGGUGGGCACUGCCUAUGAGCAGCUCAUUGGAAAACUGAUGGAUGGUGAGGGAGACCCAGAUUCCCCCCUCUGGAAGCAUCCUAUGCUGUGCUACAGCAAAGACGGGCUGUACACGUCCCUCACUACCCUGCCCUCCGAGGCCCUGCAGACGGAGGCCCUCAAGCUCUUCAAGUCCUGCCAGCUCUUCAUCAAUGUGCCAGUGGAAGCCGCCUCGGUGGACUACCACGUGUCCCUGGCCCAGACAGCACUGCAGGUCUGCCUGGUUCACCCCGAGCUGCAGAGUGAGAUCUACUGCCAACUCAUGAAGCAGACCAGCUGCCGCCCACCUCAGAAGCACUCCCUCAUGCAGUGCUGGCAGCUCCUGGCUCUGUGUGCCCCACUUUUCCUGCCUCAGCACCACUUCCUCUGGUAUGUGAAACAGCAGCUCCAGCGCCAUGCAGAUCCCAGAAAUGAAACUGGCCAGUAUGCCACCUAUUGCCAGCGAGCAGUGGAGCGGACCCUGCAGACUGGGGAGCGGGAAGCCAGGCCGUCACGCAUGGAAGUGGUGUCCAUCUUGCUGCGUAACCCCUUCCACCACUCCCUGCCCUUCAGCAUCCCCGUGCACUUCGCCAAUGGGACUUACCAGGUGGUCGGUUUCGACGGCUCCUCCACAGUUGAUGAGUUCCUCCAGCGGCUGAACCAGGAGACAGGCAUGAGAAAGUCAUCCCACUCUGGCUUUGCCCUCUUCACGGACGAUCCUUCUGGCAGGGACCUGGAACACUGCCUGCAGGGGAGCGUCAAGAUCUGCGAUGCCAUCUCCAGGUGGGAACAAGCCCUGAAGGAGCUGCACUCGGGGAAGUCUGAGGGUGGCACGCGCGUUGUGAAGCUGAUGUACAAAAACAGGCUGUACUUUCGGAGCCAAGUCAAAGGGGAGACGGAGCGCGAGCGGCUGCUGCUCGCCUCUCAAACUAGUGGAGAGAUAGUGGCAGGGAGGUUUCCUGUCAACAAGGAGCUGGCUCUUGAGAUGGCUGCCCUGAUGGCCCAGGUAGAGUAUGGGGACUUGGAGAGGCCCAUCCCGCCGGGCCCUGGGGGCACACCCCCUGCCAAGGCUCAGCAUCACCUCCAGCAAGUCCUAGACAGGUUCUACCCAAGGCGCUACAGACACGAGGCACCCCCUGAACAGCUGAGGCACCUGGCAGAUCUGCUGACCACAAAGUGGGCAGCUCUGCAAGGCUGCUCCCCUCCUGAGUGCAUCCGCAUCUACCUGACAGUGGCCCGGAAAUGGCCUUUCUUUGGUGCUAAGCUCUUUGCUGCUCAGCCUGCACAGCUGUCUUCCAAGGAGAAUGCUCUGGUGUGGAUUGCUGUGAAUGAGGAUGGUGUCAGCAUCCUUGACCACAAGACUAUGCAAGUGCAUGUCACUUAUCCCUACUCUUCCGUGAUGACCUUUGGUGGUUGUCGGGAUGACUUCAUGCUUGUGAUUAGAUCCAAUCCAGACCACAGCUCUGGAAAAGGUCACAUUGAGAAGUUGAUCUUCCGGAUGGCUGCUCCCAAGAUUGCAGAGGCAACCUUCAUCAUGGCCAGCUACAUGAACCACUGCUCUGCAACUGUGAACCCACCCACCAGCCCGCCUGCUGCCCGCCAGCCGUGGGAACUGGAUGGACAACAGUUCUUUCCUUCUGUUCCACGAGCUGCCAAGGGGCCAACAUUGCUGUGAAUAUUCCUCCUGCCCCUCCCCCCCCCACCUGGUGCCUCUAGGAUUAGAGAUGUGCAUCCUGGGGAAAGAUACUACUGUGAUGAGUCUAACAGCCCUCCCUGCAACCCCCCACCCCCACCCCAGCCCCGGUUCGUUCUGUGAAAUGUGUCUUUUAGUGUCCCUGAAGCCUUUACUCUCUAGGUGCCUUAUAGUAUGUUUCAGGGCCCAACUUUUAAAAAUCCAGACCCAGUAAAAAAAAAAACUUUUUUUCCCAAGAAUACUGAGCUCUGGAUGCUCUCUAAUUCCAGGAACAAACAGGUUCCUGAGGGCCUCAAUGCUGUGAGUCAGGGCUUUCUGCACUGAUACUCUCAGGGAGGCCAGUGCUUUUUAUAUCGUAUAUGGUCCUUAUGUGGGGAUUUAUACUUGAAGUUUUCCCAACAUCCCUGAACAGCAUAGGACUAAAAUUUUCCGUUCACCUGAACUCUGACAAAGGCCUAGAACUCACUAAAACUGGGCUUCCUUUCCCUUCCCCUACUGCAAACGAAUAGGCACUUGUAGUUUUGUAGUGCCCCUUCUGGGGCAGCAGCUCCUAUCACUGCAGGACAAGACGCUGUCCCUGCUGAGACUGACGCUGAUCUCCCUCACACUGGACUGUCAGCCCAACUGAGUACAAGCAAGGGCAAGGGGUAGGUCCAUCCUGACCUCUCCCUGUCUCAUUUAAUGACUGGACAGGGCUCAGUGAAGGCUGUGCUCACUACUGUAGGACGAGGUGGUCAUCACUUUUCCCCCACUCUUUGAAAGACCAAGCAAAUGUGCUCUGCUUUUUGCUGCUCUGUGAGGCCACCAAAAAUGAGUCAGAAACAGAAGACCCCUCCAGGCACCUGGGCUCUUCAAGACUUCUGGCGAACUUCCGCUGGAAUUAGUUCGAGGGCAGAGGGCACAUAUGUGGUAUCUGUCCUAGCCUAAGAGCAUCAGGUAAAAGAAACAGAAAGUUUCCUUCACCUUUUGUCUUCCUGAUGAUACCAGCAUCCCCUCAACCUCAACUGAGACCUUCUGUUGAGUCAGAGGAGGUGAUCUUUGUCUCUGCCCUCCCCUAACAGGAAAAAAAAAGACGAAAGAGUUCAUUCAUACUCUGAUUUUCCCAGAUUGGAGAAACUGUUUUAUUUCAUAGCCCUAAGGCAGUCUUACCAUUUGUCAAUACAGUGCUGAAAACUGUAUGAGUUUAGCAUACAAGAAGCAAGCCUUUAACCCCAACAAAGUGUGUGUGUGUGUUGCACACUGCAAAAACUGCAAGGCUGGAACUAGUUUAUCUGAACACCUCAGCUGCUGUAAGUGUCCCCGCUCACUCUUUAAACUGACAAGCAUGAUGAAAAAAAGCACAACAGAGUGUCUGCCUCUUUUAAAUGAACUUGACUUUGCAAGGCUGGCAGUUUUACAGCUAUCUCCCAUUUCUGUUCCUGCCCUCCACCCAGGAUUUGGGAUCUAGCUGAGACAUUUCUACCUCGAACAAGUCACAUGUCACAUGUCCCACAGGUUCCUCAAUAACCCCUCUGGGGCUGGUGUAAAAGGCAGAAAUUACAGCUCUGGUUUUGUAACAUCCUGAAUGUCCCUAUGGUCAAUGAGGAUGUUAUCUACCUGGGAGUUUUAAAAAAAUAUAUGAUCCCCACAAAAAAGUGAGGAUGGAGCUGUGUUCAUACUGAAUUUGGGGGUUAAGCUAUUUCCCUCACCCUAUCUCCUUCCCAACCCUUCAGGAAUCCUCCCUUAAAAGUUUAUUAAUUUUAUACAGAAGAAACUGCCUUAUAAACAAAGCCUUCUGUAGUUUGUGUGUGUAUCCUUCUUUAACGUGUCUGGAAACCAAAGUUGAAUUUCUGUCUGGCCUUUUGUCUCAUCCCUCUUGGCAAAAGAAGUUUUUGAAACCACAGACAAUGCAGCGUAACGGAAGGGUAUUAAUGUGCUUGACACCCAGGACUGAAAUGCUACCUUCAUGUUUGUCAAUAAAAAGCAGCUGUCUGUGAAUCAGGCAA